UAGGACAAUGGGCGAUUGUUUGCGAUUGCGAUCCCGACGUCGAUAUCGAUGUCAGUUGUCAAUGACAAUGAGAGGUAAAAUGAUAAUGAUGAUGAUGAUAGCUAGUGACGGAUAACCCGUCGUGGUAAUGGGAAUGUGAAUUGAGAUUCGCACAGGACGUGGCGGAGGGCGGGGGAGCACGGAUGGGCUGGCAGCGCAUUGAUAGACAUAGGGCAGCGUCAAUGAAGAUGCGGACGGACGGUACGGCGAAUGAAGAGGAGGAGGAGAGGGAUAGAGGGGUAGAUUUGCUCAGAAAAAGAGACCGGGUAGAAGGUGUAGAACGAGAGCAGGGCGAGGGCGGGGAAGUUGAGGGAGGUUAUGCGGGGAUGGAAGAGAGGCUGAAGAUGGGACGACGGAUACGGGGGGAGGGAGACAGCAGAAGCAACGGCAAGAGGGGAGAGUGUCAGAAGAUGCAGCUGCGAGAACGAGAAUGCGGUGAGGAUAGGAGCUGUGGCGCGAGGGAGCCGGGAGUUUAG